UUUUUCCGGAAACUUUAGCGCAGUCAAGUCAUCUAAUGCACCCUCCGGCGAGUUUUCUGAAUAACAAGAUGAGAAGUCCAGCGUUUAAUCCAAACGCAAAUCGGCGAAAUCCACCAAGUCCGCAACCGCACGUUGAUGAAAAUCGCCAUGAGCAUGGACGCGUGCGCAAUCAGCGGCAGGCGCCCCGCCCAAGAUUCCACCAACCAUCACAUGUGAAUGUUUCAGCAAUUUAUUUGCCAUUGUACUCCGUGCCAAGUACGCCGACUACCACCCCUGCGCGUUUUGGGGACACGCAGGGCUUUUACCGCAACGGCUGUUGGUACAAUAGCGAAUUCAAUCGGGAGCCAAUAUCGGCUAAUAAUCAGCAAUUGUAUCUACUGGUAUAUGUGCCAUCAGACACCAAUAUCCAGCCUGUUCAAAUCAUACGGCAGGUGCCUCCGAUUCAAGGGUCAUCACCACCACAACCACAACCGCAGCCACAACCAACGGCGCCACCAACACCACCACCACCACCACCCCAGUUUGUGGUAAACCGUCCCCGUGGGCCGGUGAAUUAUGUUAUGACCGCGCAGCCGCCACAGGGCAGCCGCCCUGUGUAUGCACAGUAUCCACAGGCACAGCCAAUGUACGCAAUGCCAAGAGCUACUGUGCCAUCGAUUCCAGAAGUCCAGACACUACCACACCAAGCCCCGUCACAAUAUCGACCGACUCAAAUUGAUGUUGCUCCAAGGAUGAUGCACCGAGGGGUUCAGGUACCCCCACACUGUCGGCGACCAUCAUUUAGACAGCCGUUACGGCAAAAUCCAGCACCACAAACUAUAGGACAUGCUCCAUCACGGAUGCAUUUACCAGGCGCUGGAGGCCACAACCUUCCAUCCCAGAAUCUCUCAACAAAUCGUCCAACUCCACUUAACCCUUGUAAGGGGCAAUCCGAUCCUGCUCCAGUGCAGAUGUCUCCUCAAGUCCAGGUACCACACUGCAUUAUGGCCACGGUGGAGCCCGAGGUGGCAGUAUCCAGAUUGAACGGUCCAAGUGGAACCAUUGAUUCUGAUCGUCCAGCCCAAGCUGUUACAGUUGUCGAGCGUCAGAAACAUACUUACGAGUCCGAUGUAUCAAUGGAGGAGCCAGUGAUCAAGGCGGUCCAAAAUCAUAUGCCGCAAAGCCAUUUAGUGCCACCCGUAAUUGUAGCCCAACCAGACAAUGUUGUAGUCAAUGAUGCUAAUGGUACACAAAUGCCGGUUGAUCCACCACCAACUGGAGCUACCAUUGUGGCUCUUGCCAAGGAAAAUGAUUCAAAUUCGAUUGCAAACUCUGUCUUGGUGCAUUGUGCUAAUGUUAAUGAGGCUAAAAAGCCUCAGAAGGAGAUUGCUAAUAGUUCAGUUGUAAAACAGCAGGAGGUUAUGGUUAUGCAAACGGAACAGCUCAAAUCUCCGAAACCCAAGCUAAAGAAUAUUCAGCAGUCAAAGAUUCCAAUCGCUGAUACAACACCAGAAGCGGAAACUGAGCAACCCACUAUCACUGACCAUCCGAAGCCAAUUGACCAGGCACAUGCCAUCAACACCUUGCCGGAGCAGGUACCACAGCCAACGAACACCAAUGCAAGCCGUUCAUCUGUAAAACAAACUACGCUGGAUAUUAUCUGUGCAAACAUGAAAGCAUUACGAAUUUCGGAGUCGCCCAAAAGCAAUACGCCGAAGAAUCCAAAGGUCUAUAUGAAUCAUUGGCCCCCAUUGGCUGCCAAAAAGGAUCAUGUCAGUAAUUCAUUUAACUCGAACGAUACGCCACCGAAAAGCCAUACAGCGGAGGAGCAAUCAGUAGCAUCUGUUUUGAAAAUCGCUAAAAAUCGCCAACAGCAAUCAGGAUUAGUUAGUUCAUUGAACUCAAAUGCUGAUCAUAAGAUGACUCAAAAAUCUGAUGACAAAAAGACACCAGAUAACGAUUCAAAGCGUCGAUCAAUGGCCACAGAAAAACGCAAUUCUGCUCUACCAUCGAUAAACAAAAACAAACGGUCAUACGAUAAAGUUAUACAACCAAAUCCACCAAGGACCUUGGUCCUGCACAAUUCGCCUCGGUCGCCAGCGAGUUCCCAAUUCACGCCUGUGGUGGUCAAAAAACGUAAUAUUUCUGGGCCAUCGCAGAGAGAAAAGAAUGUGCUCAAUGAAAAUGUUUUGAAACCACCAGUGUUUAAAAAACCCUUAGGGCACAAUAAUGUGCAGCCAAAAAAGCCAUUUGUUGAUUUGAAAACUCUAGGGACGAACAUGUUUGACCUUCUGGUAGAGCCGGAUAAGGAGGAUGACAACGGCGAGAACACUAAUGAGCAAGAUGAUCCGUCCAUCGACGAUGUUAGUACUCCAUCAAAGCGUUCCAAAUCGCAGAAGGAGAAGAGGCGCUUCAAGAAACAAAAGACGGCCCUUGAAAAGCAGAUCAAACUCACGAAGUUGGCCCAAAAGGAGGCGAAGCGUGCCGAAAAAGCAAAGGAAAAGGCCAAGAACUCGAAUGGGAAAAACGCGUUGGCUAUUCAAUCCAAUUCAACCGAACAACCGGCUAACCAAACCGUUUCGGGUGGCAUACUUGGGAACUUGGCUCAAGAAACCAAAUUCUUUUAUCAACUGACCGAUGUGCUGGGAACUCCUUCGCCAUCUCAACCAGGAGCUCCUCCGUCGCCAAGUGUUUCCCGUUCGGAAGUGAACAUCAAAGCGCGCAGGAAGAAGCAGCCCAUGAAGUUGAGCACAUUCUUAUCGGCUGUGAAUCAUGCCGCAUUGAAAAGAAAUCCCCAUGUUUCCGCAAAAAGCAAUCUGUUCGAGCGCAGAUCAUAUGGAAUUAACAAAGAAACACCAACCCAAACAAGUACAGAUUCCGCUGCAGGAGCUCCUUUUCGUUUCAACGCAGCAGAGUCAAUGCCGAUAUCCAAGCCCGCUGCAGAAGUUCCUUCGCGUUCCAACGCAUUAGAUGCUGUACUCAAGAUGGCAACGCCGAUAUCCAAUCCGCUGCCAAAACCGUCCCUAUGGUUGCCAUAUAAUGUGCGACCAGCGGCAUCGAUGGCCAAGGAUAAUUUCAAACUAAAUCGAGAUGUGGUGAGCUCAUCCGAAUCACCAUCAUUGCAAAUCGAUAUGGCCAAGCAAAAUGCUGAUAAGCUGGCAUCAGCAUCUUCAUCUCCAUCUCCAUCCCCAUCCCCAUCCCCAUCUCUAUCUCCAUCUCCAUCUUCAUCUUCAUCUUCAUCUUCAUCUUCAUCUUCAUCUCCAUCUUCAUCUUCAUCUUCAUCUCCAUCUCCAUCUCUAUCUUUAUCUCUAUCUCCAUCUUUAUCUCUAUCUCCAUCUCUAUCUCCAUCUCUAUCUCUAUCUCCAUCUCUAUCUCUAUCUCUAUCUCUAUCACCAUCUCCAUCUUCAUCUUCAUCAGGAACAGCACCAGCAACCCUUCAAAAUAAUGUAUGGAAUUUUAAUUCCAGUCCUGGCGAAGUUAUUAGCUUGCCACUCAGCAAGCAUGCUGAAGAUCCCGACCAGUAAACCAGGAGAGAAUCCAUCAAAAGAAUCCACCCGAAACCAAAAGAAGACUGUCAAAUCAUAAAUACCUCGUCAUGGUAUUAUAAAAGCAUUUCGAAUAUCAAACAAUAUUUGUGAUCGAAUUCGAAGUCAUCACUAGUCACCGUCACCUUUGACCACCAUUUACACACUGUGUUUUGUAAAUUUACACAC